AUGCAUAAGAAAAGCCUGGAGGCAGCAGCACAUCUGGAAAAUGGUGAAAUUGACAAGGAAUCGAACGAUGACGACAGGUCGGUGGAUGCAUGCUCGCCUGACAUUUCCACUAGUACCAAUGAUAAUAGCACUGGUGAUAAACUAUGUGUAUAUCAGUACGAUGACCUACAUUAUGUAAAUAGUAUCAAUAAUCAUAAUACCAGGCAAAAUUGA